AGAGUGCUACAGUUGAGUUUAUCUGAGUACACAUCACGGAUAUCCUGUUUAGGAGCCACAUUCAGAACUUUUUCAGUGAACUGUCAGGAACAAAUUAUAAAAGAAGACAAAGGAAGUGCCAAGGUGUGUCCAUGAAGGACAGCCAGUGAACUGCAGAAAGAAUACAGCAUUAACUUCAGAAGAACAAAGACAAAUUGAGCAGUAGUGGUUUCCAUUGGUAACCGCAGGAUGCUUUGUCUGCUUUUCUCAUCCCUAGUCUUGUUGCAGCAUUUAGGCCCUUUAAAUGGCAUAUCACAAUAUGCACAUCAAACCAGCCGAUCAGAACUAGACCUUGACCGUCCUGAAUCAGAACUAGAAGAAAACACAGCACAUUCAAGACUCUACUUAUCAAAACCUGCAUCCUCCCAUGAUCCAGUCAGAUCAGGCGAUGACCGUGUGCGAAACAAUCAGAAGCUUGGUAAAGAGCCAAAAGAAGCCAGAUGUGUCCGCUGCUGUGAUAAUGGACCUACAGGACCUGCACACCCAUUGCCUGCAUACCAGCUGGUCCCCCAAAUUAACAUCACUAUUCUGAAAGGUGAAAAAGGAGAUAGAGGGCAACGCGGUCUAAAUGGAAAAACUGGAAGAGAAGGUAACCCUGGACAACGGGGUCAAAUAGGAUUGAAAGGGAGUAAAGGAAGCACGGGACCACCUGGAGACUCCUCUAAGAUUUACUAUGCAGCAUUCUCAGUGGGUCGCAAGAAGGCAUUGCAUAGUAUAGACUACUACCAGCCACUUAUUUUUGAUACAGAGUUUGUCAAUCUCUACAGCCACUUUAACAUGUUUACAGGAAAGUUCUGCUGUGCAGUAGCAGGUGUUUACUUCUUCAACCUGAAUGUGCACACUUGGAAUCAGAAAGAGACCUAUAUGCAUCUUAUGAAGAAUGAGCAGGAGAUGGUCAUCCUAUAUGCCCAACCCAGUGACCGCAGUAUCAUGCAAAGCCAGAGCAUUAUGCUGGAACUAGAGGAAAAGGAUGAGGUGUGGGUGCGCAUGUACAAAGGUGUGCGGGACAAUGCCAUCUUUAGCGAUGAUUAUGACACAUACAUCACCUUCAAUGGCUAUUUGAUCAAAGCCAAGAGUGAACCCUAAUGAAACAGAGACAAUAGUGUUAUCCUAGAGAAUAAAGAAAGGUUUAACAGAUGAGGCAUAUUUAUUUAUCUGCUAAGCUGCAGAAUGAAAUAGGUGGUGUACUUUGUUAGAAUCGCAAUUAGAAAGAAGAAAUAGCAGAGGGAAUAUGCACAUGUAUGUAUUUUAUUGCAUAAAUGUUUAGAAUAUAUAUCAUAGCAGUGUGUGUAUGUGUGUGUGUGUGUGUGUCUACCUCCUUGCUCAUACGCAUAGUGUAGUGCAGGUCUGUGGCUUGUGUGCUACUCAACGAACAAAGCUAUUGGUUAAAUUCUCUUUUACAGGAGUGUGUAUCUGCACAUGUGCCUCUCUGCCACUGAUUGUGAUGGAGACUAUGCAUUGUUGUGUCUUCAUGGUUCUGUUUGUGCUUUCUGCAUUAUAUAUGUUGCAGUGUGUGUGUGUGUGUGUGUGUGUGUGUGUGUGUGUGUGUGUGUGUGUGUGUGUGUGUGUUGGUAUGUCAUUUCACACCACUGUGAAUGUGGUGUUUUUAAGCAUGUUGAUAUAUAUUCAGGUAGAUCAUGUGUAUUCCUACAUCUGUUCUUCCUUAAGGCUAAGAAGAAUUAUGUUUGGUCCUAUAUUUCAGUCUUAGACUAAACGAGGAGCACUUGACUAAGCAAACUGCUCAUCUGGUGUAAACAUCAAGAUUGCAAUCCAUAAUACUGCCAGUGGUUCAAUAUGUAACACACUUGCCUUUGUUGCCAGAACAUCAAACGAUUGUCAGUUUUAUUCUCACACCAGGUUCAAGAACAAAUUUUUCAAACACCGACACUGCUAUGCAGCAUAAGACGGAUGCUGUAUUUCUGAGAGUGACGUCUUUCAGCUGAGAUGCUAAACUGUGGCUCCAGCUACCUGAGUUGAGUGUAGCUCAUAUGGAUGUAAAUGAUCCCAUGCCAUUUAUUGAAAAAAAAAAACAAGAGUAUGUGAAGUUCCCAGUGCCAGGUUUGCCCUAAUCAGUGUGAAUAUCACACAGGUCUACUAAGACUAACCUGGUUAACAAAGAGUAAAUAAAUAAACACACACACACACACACACACACACACACACACACACACACACACACACACACACACACACACACACACACACACCUUAUACUCAUUCAUUCACAGAACACCCAACUCAAUACAUACAAACCAUGUCUUUAACUCUCUCAAGUAAACAAAAUCUGGCCAAUGACACAGACAUUCAGAAGAUGCUUACACAGACACAUACACUCUCCUUACAUGCACACAUUCUUAAAUAUACUCUUACCUUACAAACACUCUUACAGAAAAUGAUGUUGCUCCCAAUCACACAAACACACACACAUACACAUACAUGCACACAAACAUGUGCACACACACACACACACACACACACACACAC